AUGAUUUCUCAAAUUGAAACAUUUUUUUCAGAGGUAGAAACAUUAAUUGAAUUUCAGUUAAGUAACGGAAUUCAAAUUCAGGAGCAAGAAAUUAAACAAAAAUUUACUGAAGGGAAAGCUUUAAUUGAUAAAUUAGAAGAGGAAGAUGAAGAACAACAUGGUUUUUAUAAACUUCGGUAUCAUUCAACAUAUGCAAGUUAUUUAAAAACCAUUAAUAAGAGAGUAGAUAUCGAUGAAAAUGAAUCCAUAAUGUUUAUAGAUGAUAAAUCAGACAGUCAAUCCUCUGAUUCUGGCAAAAAAGACCUAGAAGAAGCAAUAAGAAAAAUACUAAGAGUAGAUAUUUUAGGAGAGAUGGCUAUUGAAUCUAUCAGAAAACAUUUUGAAAAUUUAAAUGAAAUACCAAAAACCUUUGAAGAUUAUUAUAAACUCGUCAGUUGUGAGAAUUCUUUGUUCAAUUCAUUAAAUGUUUUAAUUAAUGAAGAAUUAAUUAUUCUGGAUCAACUUAAUGAGGGUGAUGGCAAAUCAAAUCAAUCAGAGAUUGAACAAAAAAUGAUGAAAGUACGUGAUCGUUUAGUAGUUUUAAAAGAUUUAAAAGAAUUUGCAAGUCAGUUCAUUAGUCAAACAGUUUAUCAAAGAAAGUUAGAUUUUAUACACAAUACAUUAAAUUCACCUAAUAAGAAAGCUAUUUUAUUUAGCAAUAUCUUAUUUACAAAAGACGGAAUCAAUAAACGUUUUAGAGAACUUGCAUCGUGUUUUCAUCCUGAUAAAAUUAAAGAAAGUUUAUUGGAUAACUUGGAAAAUACUUCAAGAGACAAAGGUGUGAUUUACUUUCAUGAAAAAAAGGCAAAUACGAAUUGCAAUAUUGCGAAUGACUAUCGUAGUGCCUAUAAUAAUAAUUGGAAUAAACUAAAGAUAUUAAAUAAAGAAGAUACUAAAGAAAUUCCUCAUAAUGAACUAAAACGCUUAAGCGUAUAUUAUGGAACAUUAGCUCACGGGGAAUAUCGUGCUGCUUGUAAGGUUGCAGAUACAACUGGUGAAUUAAAAAAACAAAUAAAACUACGAGGAAGCAUGGCAAUAUGUUUAUAUAUCUGUGACCACUUUCUGGAAGCUCAACAAUACGCUUUAUCAGCAAUUCGAUUAAUUUAUCAACAUUCUAAGGAUGUCUCUAAGGAAGAACUAAUCGAAGCGAAAAAAAUAUUUGAUAAAGUUAAAGGUGUAAAGUCUCAAUUAAAUACAGAUAUUAAACUGAAAAAUGAAUUAGGUAAUUCACAAGCUUUAGUUAAAGUAGUAAAAGAUGGCAUGUCCUUUUUAGAAAUGAACGCAAUUCAAAGUUCUAUCAACGAUGAUUUAAGAAAGAUAUCGGCUGAAUUAAUGUUUAAACCAAAUCGUCAAAUUGUUAACUAUCAAGCCUCUGAAAGAAAUAUUUUACACACCAAAGAAUUCACUAUAAGGCAUAGAAUCGCUGGAGCUGUAACAUUAGCAAGUGCUGCACUGGGAACAACAUUAACAGUCGUAGGAGGAGUGGCAUUGUUUCCUGCCACAUUAGCAGUCGUAGGAGUAGCGGCAUUGUUUCAUGUCACAAUAAUUCCAGGAUUAUCUCUAUUAGCGUUAGUUUACAGCGUAAACACAUGGAGACAAGAUGCAUUAGCUGCUUAUGAUGAAGGAGACUAUCAAAAAGUUUUCAAUUUGCUUUCUGAGGAAUACAAAAAGGAUACAAGUAUCAUAAAUUUAAAAGGUCGUUAUGAUAAUAUUAAUCCUGAAAGUAUAAUAGACUCACUUUUAAGCCAUGGUUUUAGAUCUGAUGGCAUUGCCUAUUUGUUAAAUUUGAUAGGUGAGGUGUUAAGUAGUGGAAAAAUAAAGAUUCCAGGAAUCGAUAGAACACGAGAUGAUUUAAAUGCGAUCGGGAAACGUGUCUUUGAAGGUGCGCUAAACGAAAAACUUGUAAAAGAAGCUAAAGCAUUGGAUAAUCGUGUUCAUACAUUACGAAAAGAUGAUCUUAAAGGCAAAGCUGAAAGUAUUUUCCAUAAUUAUAUAGACAUUUUAUUUCUUAAAUCGUAUAGUGAGUUAGCAAAAGAAUAUAUAGAUAAAGAAGAUAAACAUGACGCCAAAAAAAUGCCUUUUCAAUCAAGACUAGAAGAAAUGCGUAAUAUCUCAAAACUCAACCUCGCAAUAUUUGAUAUAUUGAAUACUGACAAGGCAGCAAUUACGAGAGUAAGCAAUACUGUUAAAGAAAUUAGAGAAUCAAUAAGCGGUAAUUAUCAAUUUUCAGGUUCAACUGAAUCACGCCUCGAAGUUUUAGAAGAUUUUUUGUGGAUUAUGAGCGGUGAAGUGCCUAGAACUCCUUCAGUUUAUUCUAUAAAACCAGCUGAAGAACGAUCAACUGAAAAACGUGAUAACAAGUACAAUGAAUAUUUAAAAGAAAAAUUAGAAAUGGUAUUCGAAAAUAAUGAAAGAAUAGGUCUUCAUACUAAAUUGGCUGACUGCCAUGUGAAAUUGGCUGAAGAAUAUAAAGUCAACUUGUUAAGCAGUUUACGUCACUGGCAAGAUGCCCAAGAGCAUUAUGAAAAAGCACGUGAAAUAGACCCCAAGAAUCAAUAUGCAACACUUGGUUUUGCAAAAUGCUUAUUAAAUUUAUCACAAUAUAAUCGGCUUGUAAAACUUUUUGAUACAAACCCAGAUUUAACUUCAUCGGCCGAGUAUUGGCGAUUCUGUAGUAUCGCUUCUUGUAAACAAAUAAAAUACGAUAAAUCCAGCGAAUGGAUUCUUGAAGCAUUGAGACUAGAUCCUCAAAACAUCUUAGCUAUGAAACAGAAGGAACAUCUUGAUAGACUAAAAGAGUAUAACGUCGAAGAUCGUAUUAAUCAUUACAAUAAAAAAAUAUUUGACGUAGAUAAUUUAAUUAGCAAUUCACAUCGUAGUAAUGAGAAUUCAGUUUAUAGAAUCCUCUCGAUUGAUGGUGGUGGUGUGCGUGGCAUAUUACCUGCCUUAUGGCUCAGUGAACUAGAAUAUCGUGCACGUAAACCCAUUUAUCAACUAUUUAAUAUGAUAGCUGGAACCUCUACAGGUGGAAUUAUUGGUGCUGGCCUUUCAAUGCCGCGUCAGAAUUCAAGCCUAAAUUCACCUUUAUUAGCUACAGAUUUAUUGGAAUUAUAUCAAAACCAAGCAAAAUCCAUGUUCACCGGUACAACAUGGAACAUCUUUGCGACAACAAAAUAUACAGAUGAAGGACGUUCUUUAAUAUUUAACAAAUAUUUUGGAAAAAUUCGGUUAAAUGAAUCACUCACUGAGUUGGUUAUUCCUGCGGUAAACAAAGACAACAUGCAAUCAUACUCGUUUACACGCCGUGACUCAAUUAAUAAUAAUUCAAAUGACACACUUUUUGAUAUCCUAAUGGCCACAACUGCUGCACCCACUUUUUUUCCUCCUUACAAAAUGAGAAAUAAGGGUAUUUUCGUAGAUGGAGGUGUACAACUUAACAAUCCUGCACUUACAGCUUACAAUGAAGCCAUUAAAUAUAAUAAAAAUAUCACAGUGCUUUCUUUGGGUACAGGUAGUUAUAUACCAAAUCCUUUACGUCCUGAUUUAUAUUAUGGCCAACUUUUUUGGGCGAAAAAGUCACGCAAUGAUACACAAGGAUAUAAUGACGAUAGUUUAAUGUACGAUAUGCUGGGAGAUUGUUAUCAACGAUGGCAAAUUUUGUUAGACAAACCCGUAGCAUUUGAUGAUUACAAUAGUAUUUCUUCUCUCUUAGAAUUAGGACAUCAAUAUAUAGAAGAACUCGAUGCUUCAGAUGAAAACCCCAUAAACGUAUUAGUAGAAUCUUUCUCUUAA